UAAUGUUGAGAAUUGCUUGUGGGAAAGGGAAGCCGAGCCGGAGUUUCCACAAACGAGUCCGGUUGUUGAAAUCGAGGCCAUGGAUGUUUCUACUUCUGAUGUUGAGGUGGUCGUGGGAGAAACCGUCCCUGAAACGGAUUGUUCUAGUCCGGAAAUAAUCGUCGUCGACGCCGAAGUCCCCGUUUUGGACUGCACGAAUAAAUCCACCUCCUCAGAAGAGCCUGUGGCCAUUCCUACGCUUUCGAAUAAGACAGUUCCAGCAGACGAAUCAACAACCUUCCAGUACGUCUCCAGGAAUCUGGUUCUUUUCGACGACGACUUUAACAAAACGCAAACCUACUUCAACCGCCUCGGCGGUGACCAACUCAAGUUAACCGUGAAGCUGGACUCCAACCGCUGCGUCACGAAUGUAACGAUCCACGUGAAUACGCUCAUCUUGUCCCAGGUUUCGGCCAAGGAUCGUCCCACGGCGAUGGGGAAGGCGAUUGCUCAGUUCUUUCGCGUCACAAAAGAGCACUGCUUCAAAGUGACAACACUUUCGCCCAAAAACGCCCUCCCACGAACCACGAAUAUCGUUCAACGGGUGCCGUUUAACGGACCGCCGCGAGUGACAUCUUCCGGAAAACCGUUGCCAUCGCUGGGCAUUGAUCCGGCCCACUAUCAGAAGGUGAUGCGAGACUUCCAGGCCGGAGGCGAUAACGGGUGCCAUCUGGUUUUCAGCAAGGAUUUUACCAACCUGGAGUGCAACGCGCUGCAAGGCAUUGCAGAUCAUCUAAAGCUCAGGUGCCGGUCUUACGACCUGCCCAAGAAAAGAAAACAAUUCAUUCUACUGGCCAGGGAAUUGCCUCCUCAGGAAAUCGUUCGCCGGAUUGUGAUCGAGCAGGAUGCCGAGCUUAGCUUGCAGUACGGAGUUUGUCUGCCUCAACAAAUGAGCAGAGCCAGAAGGAUCGCACUUCAAGCGUUGAAAUCUUCAAAAAAUUCUGUAAAUCUACCUGCGUCAUCAUCUGCUAACCCACAGCAGCAUGCUCCCAACGCCAAGCAGUUGAAAAAGGUUGACACCGUGCCAGAAUCGUACGCCGAAGCUCUGGCCAGCCUAACCGUGUUCAAACCGGUCCGCACGCUCCGGUCCGUCGAUGACGUGUACCGAAACUUGGUGCUGAUUGGUUCGAACUUUCAUAAAACCGCCCAGGAAUUUGGGUGGCUCAACGUUGAGUCCCUGCGGGUAAGCACCAAAGUGCUCGACGAAGGCGGGUGUAGCGCAACGGUGCAAGCCGGGAAGUUGGCUCUGGUUGAGGCCCACGAACAAAGCAAAAGGGGAGCUACCAGGCGGGCCCAGGCUGCCUUUUUCAAGAGGGCCAAAAUGUUCUGCUAUCAGAUAAACAAAAUCGAAUCUCCGGAAGUGGAGAUCCGGGUCAUCAAGAAGGGGGAUUCCGCAACGAACAUUGGCUACUACAAGUGCCUUAUACAGGAUUUCUGGAAGGAUUCCUUCGAACAGGAGCUGGUGUUUAGCGCAGAGUUCACCGGAGCGGAUCGCCAAAAGUUCCACAGCUUUGCCCAAGAUCUUAACCUACAGUCGAGCAGCGACGGCGAGGAGCUGCGAAUCUACGGCCGCCGACUUCCAGCGUUGGCCAUCGUGGAGCGCAUCGUCGUGGCGAAAGAUCCCAAGCUGAGCGCGCUGUUCGAGGUGACGGCGCCGAGGGUGGGAUCGCGCCAGACGGGGGAAGGUGAUUCGCCGUAAAGUUGGGAUUUCAUUUUUUACUAUUGUUUAAAUUUAAAUAAUUAUUUAUUAUUA